GUGUUCGAAGAAAGUAGUCAAUCAAUGAGAGGAAGUGAAAUUUUGUAUUCAUUUCUCGAACAAACCGCAAACAGCGUUUUAUCUUGGUAGUCUUUGGAAACUGACUGAUAUUCCGUGACUUUAUUCUCUCUGGUUCGGUUCGGGAUCUCGAGAAAUCUCGGGAAAGGAGUCCUCAUAAGUAUUCUUCAGCGUAAAGGUAGAAUUCCUGUAAAAUUCUAGCACAAUGGCUGGUCUUUGUGCGAGAAUUGUGCUCCAAACAUCCAGACGCCACUUUUCAUGCACGUCGGUCAAGUUGGCUGAUAAAAUGAUGCCUGAUCCCAUAGAACAUGCUACGGGUUUGGAAAAGCGAGAAUUGUUGGCAAGACAAACUGGUAAUGAAGAUCCGUUUGACAUGAAGGUAAUAAAGCGCUCCAUGAGUAGUACCCGAGAUAAGCCUAACACCAUUCCUUCAGCAUUUGAAUCGCGGAUUAUUGGUUGUAUUUGUGAAGAGGAUGCCACUUGUAUAAAUUGGAUGUGGCUGUACAAGGGUCAGCAGACACGUUGUGAAUGUGGUCACUGGUUUAAGUUGGUAGACAAACCUCCUGUGUAAAUAUUUACAACAACUUAGUAUUUUCUUUUACCUUCAAUUAUCUGGAAAUGUUCCUGUAUGGAAAAUUGAGCCACUUGGUUAUUGAAGUAAUUGCAUAAUGGCUCCCCUAUUGUGCUUAAUAGUGUACAUAAUGGAAAUAAAGUACUAAUAAAAUCUUGUUUUUGUUGUCUAAAUCUUAAAUCCUUAACAAA